CACGACCUCCUCGCGCGAUAUAGUCUCCUAAUACACACCUCUUCGCACAAUAUGUUUCUCUAUUCGCUCAAGCCAGUAACAAGCGCAAAGCAUACUGUGCGAGGAAGUAGAGCCAGGAGAACAUAACACUGCAAGGAGGUUUUCAAAACUGCGAAAAGACACGAUAUUUUAGCUUCUGUCUCUGUCUACCAUUCGUUAUAUGUAUUUGGUGAAAAUUGGUUAUGAGCCUCUAUUCAUCGCUUAUUUCGUCGAAAACGAUAUAAUUGAGAGGAAAACGUUGGAUAUUUUUGAUAAGAGCAGGAUCCGAUGGCGUCUUCGUGCAUGAUUCUGCGACGUGGUAUCGCGACUUCUUGCAUCUGUCAUGGAAAGCGAAAUUUUCGAAAAUUCUUGCUGUACAACAAACGUGGUAGUCGCAACUUUAAAGAGCAGCAGGCGAAAAACCCAGAUCCUGAUAUACCAAUAGAUCAUAGAGGUGUAAGAAAAACUGGAAGGAAAUUAGGUGACCAUUGGAUUACUGUGCCGGAGAUGAUUCCUGAAUUAAUUGUUCCUUCGUUGGAAGGGUUCACAUUGAAGCCAUACGUGUCGUACAGAGUGAUGGACUUUUCAGAACCCGAAUUUACUGCACAAGAUUUAUUCGAUGCAGUAUAUUCUGAAAAGAUAAAAAAGGACUUUGCAAAUAAUAAAUUGGAUGAGAAUGGAGAGCCAUUGAAUCCCAGUGAACAUGAACAGCUUACGCCGCAACAAGCUAAGGAUAAUGCUAGGAAAACAGGCUCUGACAUUUUUGAUGAAAGAAACCGUUUAUGAGAAAGAGAGAGAAAGAGAGAGCGAACGUUUCAAAUUCUUCGCAUAAUAUACAUCUAAACAUUUCUCUCCAUCUCCAAUGUGAAAUGAUAUGCAACUAUGUUAAUGAAAGUCAACGUGGAAAGACUAGCGGAGGGAGUAAUGAUUCAACUGGGAGGCUUUUCAUACGCAAGAUCUCGAGAUAAUUACUAACAACGAGAGAGCGGAGCUUUAUUCCAUUGGAUCCCCUACAUUUUCGAAGAUGGUUGAAUGUGGAUUGCUGGUGGUGGGCCACAAGAAACCACCUACACUGCCUGGUGAAUAGAGGACGACGGCCGUGUCACGAUCACCGAGCAAAUACUGUCCGCUGUUCCCGCCAUCCAACGGUGCCUCUUAAUUUGUGGAAUGGUGUAACGUUUGGAAGGUUCCAGCACUAACAUCUUGCGUAUUAGGCUCUCGCAAUCUUCAAUUUAAACGAAUUUCGUGAGGAUAUAACAGAAUUAUGAAGUCCGGCGUAGUGCUUUCCUCGGAAAACUUCGGGCGCGGCAUAAGGCGGGCUGCCGCACCACGUGCUCAGGCGUUCCCCCGGGGCGAAUCGGUUGCUGAAGCCGAAAUCGGCGAUCUUCACGUUCAUCUGCGCGUCAAGAAGCAAGUUCUCCGCCUUCAGAUCGCGAUGUGCCACACCCGUCACGUGGCAGUACUCGACCGCGGAGAGGAUCUGGGCGAACGUCGCACGUGCUCGGGGCUCUCCCAUUCUUCCAUAUCGCGCUAUGUAGUCGAAUAUCUCGCCUUUGCUCGCGUAUUCGCACACCUGUAAAGAACGAAAUGCGCUGUGAUGUCUUCAUUACACGAGGAAAACACAAUUAU